ACAAAUUCACAGUCUGAGAUAGAAGGAUAGAGCACUAGAGUAGUGAAAAGAUAAUAACUGAUCGUAAACUAGAGUGAGUAAGACAGAGGAAGCAGAAAAGAAGGAGGGAUCAGAGGUGUGACACACUUCAGUCUGGCCUUGGGACAGACAGUUGCCCUCCCUGACAUCAGAGAUAAAGGACUCAUUUUUUUUGGUUCUCUGUUUUUUUUAAUUAAAUUGGUCAAAUGCAACGCUGUGGGUAUGUACACCUCUGGCUGCUGGGGCCAGUGUUGCUCAUCUUCUUCAUCUCAGGAGUCACAAAGGUGAAGGGGGACGUGGCGCAUCAAGAACCCCACCCGAAGCCGCCAUCUGAGUUAAAAUCAAAUCAGACUGAACACGGCCAUGGAUUCAGCGUCAUCACAGGAAUACCCGUCGUGACUUUUAAAUGGCACCAUGUGGAGACUCCUUAUGUUAUUGCGUUAUGGAUAUUGGUGGCUUGUGUGGGUAAAUUGGUGAUUGAGUCCAACCAUCAUGUGACCAAUAUCAUCCCGGAGAGCGCCCUACUCAUCUGCUUCGGCUUCGUCCUGGGGGGGAUUAUUUGGGGUGUCGACGGGGUGCAGACCUUCACGCUGACCCCGAACGUGUUCUUCUUCUACCUGCUGCCUCAAAUCAUCCUGGACGCAGGCUACUCCAUGCCCAACAAGCUGUUCUUCAGCAACAUGGGGGCCAUCCUGAUCUACGCCGUCAUCGGGACCUGCUGGAACGCUGCCAGCUUGGGGCUGUCGCUGUGGGGGUGUCACAUGGGAGGAGCCAUGGGCGACCUGGACAUCGGCCUGCUGCAGUACCUUCUCUUCGGCAGUCUGAUCGCGGCCGUGGACCCCGUGGCCGUAAUCGCCGUGUUCGAGCAGGUCCACGUCAACGAGGUGCUCUUCAUCUUGGUGUUCGGAGAGUCGCUGCUCAACGACGGCGUGACCGUGGUGCUCUUUAAUGUCUUUGAUGCGUUUGUGUCGCUGGGAGGACCACAAAUUGAUGCAGUGGAGAUCAUUAAAGGAAUAAGUAAGUAG